CUGGAGAAAUUCGCGGCGAUGGCGACGACGACUCGGUGUUAUAAAGGGACGCAGUGAAGCUGGCCUCGGCUCGGAUAUGACUAAUGUCUAUUUGGUCGACGUUUGUUUGCUGCUUAGUAAUUGCACGGACUUCGGAUGAAUCAUUGGCUCCUCACCUUUCAUCACUCCGUGGACUGAUUUCCAUGUCUUACUUGUGAGAGUUUCCAAACAGUAUCACCAAGACUGCUCAUCAUCCAUCACCGAUCGUCUGCGACUGGUCCAGGUCGGAGUUCUUGGUUGGGUGACCCACACUCCUUCACAGGGGCCAUGGAGGAGGAGGGCCAGCAGAGCUUGGAGUGUAUCCAGGCCAAUCAGAUCUUUCCCAAGAAGUCCCCCGUCCUGGAGGAGGAAAACAUGCAGGUGCCCUUUCCUGAGCUGCAUGGGGAGUUCACAGAGUAUGUGGGGAGAGCAGAGGACGCCAUCAUCGCAAUGUCCAACUACCGCCUACACAUCAAGUUCAAAGAGUCUGUUGUCAAUGUUCCCCUUCAGCUCAUAGAGAGUGUGGAGUGUCGGGAUAUGUUCCAGCUGCAUGUCACCUGUAAGGACUGCAAAAUCGUCAGGUGUCAGUUCACCACCUUUGAGCAGUGUCAGGAAUGGUUGAAACGUCUAAACGCUGUAGUGCGCCCUCCGUCUCGCCUGGAGGACCUGUUCUCCUUCGCCUUCCACGCCUGGUGCAUGGAGGUGUACGCAGGGGAGAAGGAGCAGCACGGCGAGCUGUGCAGACCGGGUGAACAUGUAACCUCCUGGUUCAAGAACGAGGUGGAGAGGAUGGGCUUUGACACUCAAAACGCCUGGAGGAUAUCUGACAUCAACAGCAAGUUUAGGCUUUGCCACAGCUACCCUCAGCAGCUCCUGGUGCCAGCCUGGAUCACAGAUAAGGAGCUGGAAAAUGUGGCAGCCUUUCGAUCCUGGAAGAGGUUUCCUGCUGUGGUUUAUAGGCACCUGAGCACAGGGGCUGUGAUCGCCCGAUGUGGCCAGCCAGAGGUCAGCUGGUGGGGCUGGAGGAACGCCGACGACGAGCACCUGGUUCAGUCCAUUGCCAAAGCCUGCGCUGUGGAUGGCAGCUCCCGCAAACACCUUCCCAAUGGCAACUACACCAACGGCUCAGAACUGACCGACACUGACUUUGAAUCCUCCAUGACCAACAGCUCUGAGGUGGAAACUCUUGCCAUCCAGCCUCACAAGUUACUGAUCCUGGAUGCCCGGUCCUAUGCUGCCGCUGUAGCCAACAGGGCCAAGGGAGGAGGCUGUGAAUGCCCAGAGUACUAUCCCAACUGUGAGGUUGCGUUCAUGAGCAUGGCCAACAUCCACACCAUCCGCAAGAGUUUCCAGUCUCUGCGUUUCCUCUGCACUCAGAUGCCUGAUCCAGCCAACUGGCUUUCUGCUCUGGAGGGCACCAAGUGGCUGCAACACCUGUCUCUGCUGCUGAAGGCGGCGCUGCUCGUCGUGAAUGCUGUGGACCGUGACCACAGGCCUGUGCUGGUGCACUGCUCCGAUGGCUGGGACCGCACCCCUCAGAUUGUUGCAUUGUCCAAACUGCUGUUGGAUCCGUACUACCGCACUAUAGAGGGCUUCCAGGUUCUGGUAGAGACUGAAUGGCUGGACUUUGGCCACAAAUUUGCGGACCGCUGUGGUCAUGGUGAAAACUCUGAAGACCUGAAUGAACGCUGCCCCGUCUUCCUACAGUGGCUGGAUUGUGUUCACCAGCUGCAGCGACAAUUCCCAUGCUCCUUUGAGUUUAAUGAGGCCUUCCUGGUAAAACUGGUGCAGCAUACCUACUCCUGUCUUUUCGGCACCUUUCUGUGCAACAGCGGCAAAGAGAGGGAAGACCGGCACGUUCAGGAGAGGACCUGCUCAGUCUGGUCACUCCUUAGACCAGCCAAUCGCACACUGAGGAACAUGUUGUACUCAUCACACUCCGAGACUGUUCUCCACCCUGUUUGUCAUGUGCGUAACCUGAUGCUGUGGACAGCAGUGUACCUGCCCAGCUCCUCCCCAACCACCCCGUCUGAUGACUCCUGCGCCCCCUACCCUGUGCCUGGUUCCAACCCUGAGGAUGCGCCCCUGGGCAGACGCACAAAGACCCGCUCCUUCGACAACCUGCCCAGUGCAUGUGAGCUGGGAAGCUCGCUGGCUCCUAACCGUCGCUCCAGUGACCCAAGCCUCAAUGAGAAGUGGCAGGACCACCGGCGCUCUCUGGAGCUCAACAUGGCUGUGGGGCCAGAAGGAGGGGGGAACCAGGAUCAGGAUGUGCGGCCCAAUGGAGUUGGGCCUUACCCAGACGUGGUGGACUCAGAGCUGGAUGACAGCCCACAGCCGCAGGACUCAAACACUGAGCUUGAACAGGGAGCCUCUACGACCCCUGAAACAACAGGAGAGGAGUCAGAGGAGGUGGAGCUCUCUGUAGCUGUGGGAGUGGCUGAGGGCCAGAUGGAGAACAUUCUCCAGGAAGCCACUACGGAGGAGGCAGGAGCUGAUGCUCAGAGAGAGGGUGGUAUAACUCAAGUUGACAAGUCUGACACAGAGGUUAAGAAAGAUGCAGAAGUGGAGGAAGAUCAGUGUCCUAAGGUCAACAGGACUGAGAUCCAGAUAGAAGAGUGUGCAAAUGGACACCUUCCAGAAAAUGAUGUAGAAGAUUCAUCAUCUCCACCUUUGCCUGUAGAGGAUCCGGUGGAUCACGUUGUAGAGGACUCUUCUGAACAAGAGAGACUUGCACAUGGGUCCAGUGAGUCUGGUUCAGAUGAACCCAAACAGCUGGAAACACACAGAACUUUAACAAAUGGAUUCAUAGACCAGUCACCUGAAGAAGAGUUGGGUGCAGAGAAGGAGCCCUGCCCUGACUCUGACAGAGGUGUCUCUGAGACUGUUGAGCCGGUGGAUAAAAAGGCCUCCCUAAUGGAAAGCUCUACAGAGACUUUAACGGAGGAGGCCUGCACCAGACUGGAGCUCCCCGCACAGCUGCCGGUUUGUCUUAGCAGGCUACCACCCUGUUCAAGGAAGGAGAAAGGAAUGGAAAUGGGUGAGCACGGCUCCACCAGAACUUUAAACGGAGGGACCAAGCGGCCCUCUGUCAGUGCCUUUCAGUCUGUGAGUACAGACCUUAGCAGGGAUGGUGUUUGUAAUGGCGACAGCGCUGAAGGUGAGCCCUGCGCAGGACCUCACUGGACCAAAGGGAAUGGUGAACGGGCUCCCUUUAGUCGACAGAUUUCUCUAGCAAGCUGCAACUCUCUCAUACUCCACCCACGGGGUAGCUGCUCCCAGCACCGCUGCUGCCAUGCCCUGCUGGCCCGGGCUGCCAUCAGUCCAGAGCAGCCAUCCCGCAGUCACCUGGACGAUGAUGGGCUAACGCUGCACAUGGAUGCCAUCCAGCAGAGGCUGAGACAGAUUGAGGCAGGACAUCAGAUGGAGGUGGAAACUCUGAAGAAGCAGGUGCAGGAGCUGUGGAGUCGCUUGGAGAAUCAGCAGCACAUUGGCUCCCACAGGAUCAACGGGGACAUGGGAGAUGAAGUGACCUCAGUGAUGGACUCAGAGUUCAACCUGGACCCAAACUGUCUGUCACACUGCAGCACAGAGCUGUUCUCUGAGGCCAGCUGGGAACAGGUGGACAAGCAGGACACAGAGGUCACACGCUGGUACCCCGACCAUUUGGCAGCCCACUGUUACGGCUGUGAGAGCAGGUUCUGGCUUGCCACAAGGAAACAUCACUGCAGGAACUGCGGUAACGUCUUCUGCUCCAGCUGUUGCGACCAGAAGAUCCCCGUGCCAAGCCAGCAGCUGUUCGAGCCGAGCCGCGUCUGUAAGAACUGCUACAGCCUCCUCCAGCUCAGCUCGCCCCCCCUGGACCUGGAGAAACCCAUCGCGGCCAGCUCCAACUGAGGCUCUGAGGACGAGAAGGACGGUCCGCUGCUGAAGAAGAGCACAGGAGCCCCACGGAAUGUCCAUGAACUUUGCGUGUGCUGCAGACGAGCGUUUGAUAAUGUGUAUAUAUGAGCCCGAGGAGCUGAAUGACGCGUUGGCGAGAUGCCGAGCGCUCUGGACAGUGGGUGUGCACAGGAGCGGGUGGUGUGUGAGAGUGUGUGUGCGCGAUGGGAAACCACACGUCGCCACACGGGGGUUGUGGCCGUAACGGGACUGCGCUCCGAGUCCGUUGGAGGUUGGAGUGAGGAUGGGCAGUGUCUUCGAGCCGGCGGGCGGAAGUCGGUCGUCUCACUGUGCUGCUGAAGUCUCCACCAGGGCUUUUUUUUUUUUUGGUCCACGACGACAUUUCCCCACUCAUCAGCACUUCUUAUUGUACUUCUCUGAACCAACGAAAAUGAGACUGAAGCGAAAGAGUACUGAUGUUGUUGGACAAAAAACUUGAAGGAUCAGUUCACCCAAAUUAUAAAAACACAAUUUCUCAUGUGCAAUUCAUAAUAUUUGUUUAAAUGUUUUAUUAUUCCAUAUGGGUUGAUUUCAUCUGACCUGACCUUAUCGUUAUUGUUAUCUCAAUCUGAAACUUAGUGAUUUGGGUGAACUGAGUCUUAAACUACUGCGGGCUGAAUCUCAACUCAUCCUGUUUUUCACUUAGAAUAAUGCAAAAGCUAAUGUUUGUAUUAAUUGGCAGUCCUCUGUUUUCCUCAUACACAGCUUAGAAAUAGAAUAUAUGAGAACAAAGCACUUGUUUCUUUGGUUUGAGUAAUUUGCUUAUAUAUGUGAAAUAUUAGGUGGGGCUUAUUUCCUGGGUUUGGACUUGGGUUUGUGGGAUUUAGAGGCAUCUAGUGGUGAGGUUUCAAACUGCAACUGACUAAACCCCCAAAGGUGCAAAAAACUGUCACUUUACCGUUUAAAAACAAAAAAAAAUUAAACUCUGCACUGUUUGGUUUGUGUCAUAGACUGUAUAUAAGAUGAAGUCGACGCUGCUUCCUGCUGUUAUGGAAAAGUGAAGCCAAAAUGUUGUCACAGGAGUUUCUGUGACAAAAUAUGAAUCUGAUCAGUAGAAACACACCUGAGCGUCAACAGCGACUGUUCUUUACAGCUGUCUGUCUCCUUUUACGUCGUCUGAACAGAACAUUUCCAUAGGCUGAGUUCUGAUUUCAGACUUGAGAUUAUUUUUCCAUCAAUAAAGUAAUUUUCAACUAAUUUGUUGUCAAAAUAUUGUUUUCUUGAAUAGGUCUUAAUCAUGUUAUUUCACUCUAGUGAUUGUUGCAUUGUACAUUUUCCCUUAAGAACAAAUUCACCAGAAAUUACUUGAACACGACUCAGCCUAAAAUGUCAGAAUUCACCUUGUAGAAAUGAUUUUUGAAUGUGUACAGUGAGUUUUUAUUUUUGUUAUUAUAUGUCAUGGAUUACCCCAGUACCGGGUUUAUUAUAAUGGCCACCAGGGGGCGAAUGAGAUGUUUUGGCUUCACUUUUUUUGGGGAGUUGUGGGUCUUAUUUGUCAGCCUCAUUGACUGGCACCAACUAUUGGCAAAUAAGGCCUAAUGUCAACAACAGAAAUGCUGAUCUUUCUGUUUUAUUAAAGAUUAUUUCAUAAACCUUUACGACUGAAUUUGUGCUCUAAGAAGACUUGAAUCCAGAGAAAUUAACACCUUUACCAGAUUUUCAGCGUCUGUUUUAUAUACAGUCUAUGGUGGGUCUCCUCUGUAAAGAAGUAAAUUCUUAAUUACAUGGGAUUUAUGAAAAUAUAUUUGCAAAUCGUGUAAAUUCAGGAUCUUCAAAUGGGUAAAUCUUAUGUAGUGGUCCUUUAAUGUGUUGAGAUUCAGCCGAACGUAGACAGGAGAUGUUGAUUUUUUUUUUUUUUUCUCCAAAGUCGUCACAUGAUCCCGACAGACGGCUCUAUGUGCCCGACCCUUUACCUCUUCACACUGAAGAACUGAUGUGUUGUGGCGUUGUCGGUUUGUGUCAGGCGGCGGACACAGACUGUGUAAUCCCUCCUUCAUGCCCUUCACUCACAAACAGCCUCUUUUAUGAUUUUACCCAGCAGGCACUGGGAGCUGGACGCCUCGCUCUCUUCCCGGUCUGGGGCGGAAAUCGGAAGUGAAGUCUGCCGUUUAGGUCUUUACAUGUUUGGAAUGAAUGUGGCAUGCUGUUGGUAGAUUUUGAGCCGGGGCUUCACUUUGCUAUCUCCGCCCUGAUUGGCUGAAAGCAGAGGAGAGCAGCGGCAGCAGAAAGGGCUCUUGGCAUUUUUGUAAAAGUCUGUAACUCCACCUGAAACCUGUCAGAGAAGCUUCACGUACACUGAGACACCCACUCUGCCUAAAACCCAUUCUAUGACCUCCUUGCACACACGCUAACACACACACAAUUUUUGUAAAAUAAAUGAAUAAAAUAAUAUAUUCAGAUACCUAUAUAGCAUUUAAGAAAAAUGUAUAGAAUCCUUGAAUAGUGGCUCACUAAAUUAGUCACCAAAAAGUUUUUUUUUUUUUUUUUGUUAAUUUCUCUUGUUUUCUGAUGUCGUUAAUUGCAGAAAAUACCUAUAUUUUGCAACCUGUUGAAUAUACAGGUGUGUUUUUUUUUAACUAGAGAAGCAGGGUGUCCUGUUUUGAUGCUGCAGUGGUUUUUUCCCUUUGAAAUGCGAUCAUGACUUUGAUUUUAUUUAUUAUUAUUAAGGUUUUGUUGUUGAAUUGCUGUUUAAAAUCCAGACAAUUCAAUUGCCACAGGAUAAUCAGUGUUUCUGAGACGAGGAAUCUGCAGAACCACGAGGUGUGGUUCUGACCCGUGGGAAAACUGUGUCACGUUUGUGGAUCUGAUGCAUUUCAGUAACACUUUAUAUUAAGGUACACAUUCACCUUUAACGAGGGGCUUAUUGGUAGCAUUUUGGCUCUUUGAACGCACUUGGAAAUGUCUUAUUCUGCAGUCGUUUUCUGCAACUACUCACCGUUUUCCCAGAAAUACCUACGAAUUAUUGCUUAUUGAUUGAAUGUUAGGAAUCACGAUGUUAAUAUGCUUUGGUCACUGUGGUGGAAGAAGAAUAUAAUAGUAUAAAAUGUCUAUACAGGACUCAGUACAACAGAGGAUUCUAAAUGUUAGUAAGUGGUUUGGGAGAAAAUGAAGAUGAGGACAGUGAUUGAAAUAUGUUACAAAAGGAAGAAAAUAAAAAAUACAAAAUGGUAUAAAUACAUAUGUAAAGGGGAUUUAACUAUUCUGCUUAACUCAUAAAUAUGGUCUAAUGUAACACAAAACUACAUGGAAGUGCAGAAAACUGAAAAACAGUGCAUUUGUGUUUGUUUGUUUAUUUAAUUAAAAAACAAAAAUUAGGGGGGUCUUUAAUAACCAUUUGGAAAGAAAUAAACAUUUAGAAUGAUUGAGGGGAUUUACCUCUGCAUAAGAAGUGAAACAUAACUGAAAUAUAAUCCUACAUAACCAAUUUUCUUUUCUUGUUGCUGCUUGUCACUAAUGACAAACCCCCAUCUUCUAUUGUAGAUUUAACAGAGGAAAUUAGUUUUUCUUUUGUAAAACAAAAAAAAAAAAAAAAUUCCUGCAGUGUGACUUAAUGUCGUUGCACGCAUUGCAUUGUCGUUGUUUAACCCUCAAAAACCUAAACAACUGUCAGCAACCAAAAGCAUCUACUGAUCUAAAAUGUCAAAUACCAUCUGAACCACUAAUCCUAUCAAUGGAAAUGGAAAUAAUUCAGUUUCUCAGUUGUCAGUUAUUUUAGAUGUGUAUUAUUUGGACGUUCAGAGGCUCCAUAGUGAACAUGUUUUUUUGCAUUAAUUUAAUGAUAUAUUUUGCUGAGAAAGUCAGUUUUCUCUGUUUUGAUGCAAUAACCCUAUGAGCUUUUAUGAAUGCCUGUAUGUUCAGUGAAUCAAAUGUAGGAAAAAAAACAGAUUUUUACUGAAAAUCCAAAAUGCAGAGAAUGAUAUCACUACAACUGGGAAAGGUUAAAAAAAUUUAUUAAUUUGGAAGUCGCCACAUAAAUGGUUCUGUGUAUUUGAGUUAACAGAUAUAUUAUGUAGCCUUAACUAUAAAUGUCCAAAUAACUCUAAAUUAAAUCUGAACGUUUCCUCUAUUCUAACCGGAGUUACAUUUAAUUACAACCAAAAGUUAACUUUCACUGUGAGAGAGAAAACAGAGUUGUAGAAGACACAGAAUGAGACACUUUAUCUACUUUGUACCUUUAAUAUUAAGUGUUUAUUUUCCGAUCCACUCGUGAGCAGAAGGUUCGACCCCAUCACAUGACGACUGUUUGUCCGAAUGAAAAAACGAGUGCCGAUGAGACGCCUAUGCACUGAUAGAACAGUGGUCCAAAACAAGCAGCGAAAGACCUCCCCCACCCCCCCUCCAAAAACAAAACUAAAAAACCCCCUCCCUACUCGCUCAUCCACACACAUAAACAUAAACUCCAUUCAAGCCCAUCCACAAACACUACCUCUGCUUUGUACACACACACACACUCUCACACACACACACACACACACACACACACACUGAGCUUAGAGUUGCUUUUUUAGAUUCCCUUCACAAAGAAUGGCCUUGGUUUUUAACAGUUUGUUUUUCUGUUCAUCAGCUGGAGUUUAAAGGUACAGCACAUGAUUUGUUCAUGAUGACCUCCCUGGUGACACUGCCAAUCAUUUUUACGGCAACGCUUUGUCUGGAUGAAGAGGGCGUUUGUAACAUUUCAGCACAAUUUUUCCAGCAUUUUUUUUCUCAUAAUCCAUGCACGAGAAGGCGGAAUAAAA